AUGUCUGAACUAACUGGGACAUAUGCGGCCCAUGCAUACAACACGACAACCAAUACAUUAUCUAACAUAACUCAAACCGAAGUCAUUCAUCGUCCGCCUGCUGCGGGACAAAUAAAAGUUCGAGUGCACGCAACCGCACUCAAUCCCGUGGAUGUCCAGCUCGCAGGACUGGAAGGCGUUAACAAAGUUGUGCUGGAUUGGUUCGGAGGGAGAUCGAGUCGCAAGGGCGAAGACGGCGAGCUGGCCUCGAAAAUCCCUGGGUCAGAUGUAUCUGGCGUCGUAGUGGCUAUCGGAGAAGGUGUUGGACGAUGGAAAGUUGGCGAUGAAGUAUUCGGAUUUUGGAUGUCGACGGAUGGGAAUGGUACUAACCAAGCGUAUUUGACUAUCCCAGAAACCGCUCCCAUUGUUCCCAAGCCAGCCAAUUUGAGUCAUGUCGAGGCUGCUAGUCUUCCGUUGGUGUUUUUGACGUCGUACACUAGUCUAGUACUGCGUGGUGGAUUAAGUCGAGACCCCGAAGUCAAUACUGGACAGAAUGCCAAAGUUUUGGUCGUUGGCGCGAGCGGAGGAACAGGUAUAAUCGGGGUGCAAUUGGCCAAGGCACUCGGAGCCACAGUUGUUGCGAUAUGCAGUGGCAAGAACGCCGAGUUUGUAAAGGAGCAUGGCGCAGACGAAGUUAUCGAUUAUGCGACUGAGGACGUUCCCUCGACUGCUCUUUCGCUCGGACCUUACAAGGUCAUCUACGAUUGCGUUGGUGGCACCCAGCUCAUACCACAUCUGUCCGCUUUGCUGGCUCCAACUCCGACUCCGAAUAACCCUCACCAUCCGCCUGCAGCAGCGGGGACCUAUAUAACUAUUGUCGGAGACAAAACGUCUCGAACGACCAUGGGUGGAAACAUCACUUAUCUUACCACGCCCUCAAUGCUGUUUCGUUCAAUUAAAGGCUAUGCGGGGUUGGGACCAAAAUAUUACUGCGUAAAUUUGACGACCGGGGAAGAGGAGAUGAAAGCUCUAGCAGAGUGGUGCGCCGGCGGAAGAGUGAAGCCUGUGAUCGAUGGAGAACCAUAUUCGUGGACCAAGCUGGGAGAAGCUUACGGUCGGUUGGAGAGUGGCCGUGCGAAAGGCAAAGUAGUGAUUGAUUGGACUAAAGAUCAAUAA